AUCCAGGCGCUACCAUUUUGUUCUAUAGAUGUAAAUCAACCAAAUUCCAUCGUAUCCACUAAUCGGAUUUCAAGAUCGAUUAUACAUUUCCAAUGAACAUGCCUCCGUGCGUCCGACACGAUAACUUGAAUAUAUUUAUAACAGAAACAAUUUGUUACUGAUAAGAUUACAUUAUUCAAACUGCGCCUGACACUCGGCGCAAUCUUAUCGAGCAAAUCGCGAGUACCCAUUCCGCUAACAGCUCCGGCUGCUUACUUACAAAACAAAAUACUACUGGAAAAAAACAGUGCAAUAACGCCCUAGGAAAUAUACAACAGUAAAUUCCAAAACAAAUUGUACUUUCAACUACGAUUAAGUGUAAUCGUGCGCCAGUGUCCAUGAUUUUAAUUUUAAGUGGAAUAAUGUGUUCAGUUUUGAUGUUGAAACUCAGAGGAUUUAAGGCUUCGUUUAAUUUGCUGUCAGGAAAAAAGCAUGGCGGGGAAAAGUCUGAAAAGUCGUCUGAUAUACCUGUACUGGGCGCUUAUAGGAGGAACAAGGAGGAAUAUUAUGUCAACAACAUUCCUAAUAACAGUCCUAGAAAGUUGACACCUACAAUGACUUCAAAUCAACAAAGGCAAGUUAACCAGCAUUUCAAAAGCACCAGUAACUUAGUAAGUGUUGACGACAAACAUCAAAAUACUAGGAGAAGUACAAGCGACAUACCUUCAGGUCGCGAAAGAAAACAAAGCAGAGAACAUAAUGAACAAAGGAAAUCAGAAUCACAGAAACCGGAACAACGAAAGAGGGAGAAACCACCUCGUAAUAUAAACAAGUCAAAAGAAACAAAUGAACCACCACAUCAAGAGAAACCAAGAAAAGAGAAAAAGAAAGGUCGCGCUCCUAAACCACCGACAAUACCACAACAUACAUACUCCAGCAACACUCUGGAAAGUUCCAUAAGCAGAAGUAGCGGCCCACCUCCUUACUCCGCUGAAGUAGUACCCAAUCAGUACGAUAAUACUGGCAACACCAGCUUUAGUAAACCAUUGGAAGAGAGUAGUUGGGACCUCGUGUCACAACACAGGGAACAAUUAAACAGACCACAGACUAAAUCUUCUCUAAAACCAACGAGCAAGGUUCUUGAUUUACACUAUAACGCUGGAAUUCAGACCUCUGUGGAGGUUAAAAACAAUAGUGAAGUAUAACUUGAACACAAGUAUAAUGCGUGCGCAAUAACAUGAUAUGCACGUUAAAUACCGCGCCGCUCUUUCAUAACAAGAGAUGCUCCUAUAUUAUGUACCUUAAUAUGAUAAGACGUGACGUCACGGAUGGCAAGUAUGACGUCACUACUCGUGUGCUACGUUUAUAGUUAUAUUUUUUCAUCAAAAUUAGCUAGUCUUAUCUUAUCGUUGUGUAUAUUGUAUGUAAUUAAGGAAAGGAAACUAUACAUUUUUGCGCAUAGUUACAUCCAAAUGUCAAUUGUUUUGUUAAGUACUUAAGUAUAUCUAAGUAUUAUGUCACUUGAUACUUUAAGAUGAUUUUUUAGAGAAUUAUUAAAGUGUAAGUUAAAAUAA